AUGCAGCCGAGGGCGGGCAAAGGCCAGCCCAGCACAGCCAGCCAAGGCGCCAAGACCGGCUACAGCGACGCACCGGCCCGGCCGGAGAAGUGGAGGGAAGGGUGGCGGGAAGAAUGCCGGGACGAAUGGCAGGAGGAAUGGAACGGCGAGCAGAGCCCCGUAGCACAAUCGACCGAAGCAUGGCCAGAGCCCGCUUGGUCUUCCACAGUUCCUUGGCCACCACAGGACCCUGCCUGGUGGGCCGACUUAGCUAGCCAGCUGCCUGCAGCUUGGGGUACAGGUGCCUUCGACGCCGAAAGGGUGAAGGGCCUUGAAGCCAAGUUGUCCCCAGACAACGAGGUUUCAGGCGCCUUCGGCGAAGGCUUUUAUGAUGCGGCAUGCCCAGGAUCAGAUUUGCCGGAUGGAUUGUUUGAAGCACCAGGACCUGCACAGCUGCCAGCGCCCAGAGCUAAUAUGGCAGGCGCAGCACGCAGACCUGGAAAGCAGUGGGUGGUGGCCGAAGAGAGGCUUCCCAAUGAGUCGUCCACUGGCGACGACUUCAUGCCGUCCGAGUCCCUCUUGGGAAAGUGGGUGGACUCUCAGGGCCAUUCGAUCCACGUCCUGUCCACCGAUGCCUACAGUGUUCGAUUGCUGGCGACCAUGUCCAAGGCAAUGCUGCCAGACAAGCAUUUGGCGCUCAAGCCGGUGAGGUUGGGGGCAGGAUGGCAAUGCGGCCACUCCAUUCUUGAUCCUUCCUGGAGCACACCGUCUCAACUACACUGGGUUGCUGGCGACGGUCGCGUGACUGUUUGGGUGCGCCCGCCGUCCAAGGCCAAGAAGGCGAAGGAAUAA